GACGAAGGAGCAGGCGGAGAGUUAAAAUGGACGAGAGGAGACUCCUAGAGAGGCCGAGGAAAGGGAGGGGCUGCUGGGCACGGGGACUGAUCUCUCCAUCAGUCGGCUCAGUUGCCCCUCGCCUCCGAAGGAGCCCUCUUCGCCAGCUGCAGCAUCAGCCCCGUCCGGGGACUUGCAUUACGAAUUUCUCAAGGGACUUAGAUCUUUGCAUAAUGUGUCCGAAGUAUGAUCGUUUGAGCCUGGUCAUUUGUGUCUCGAGUGAAAAGUCUGGAUUGAUUGUAAAAAUUCUGACAUUUUGUUGUGGGGGAUGGUGGCUGUUGCUUUUCCUGCCCUCCUCCUUUUGAAACCUGUAGAAAGGUCUUUUUGCGGUCUUGGUUCCCCUAACCGCUUAUUUUCCAUAUACUUUAAUGCCUUGUCAACCAUGAAUUUGCCAACAGUGAGGUUUUGCCAGAACGGAAGCCUAGCGGUUGGUGAGGGGGAGAGCCUUCGGUCCUAACUAGAACUGCCUUGAUGUGUAAAAUUCUUUCCAGCCAGUAAAAUGCUUUCCAGCCAUGGGAAUAAUACUUCAGGCUGAGUGAUGUGUUGCCUUUGUAUGAGUUAAUAGUCCCGCCAGUCUGGGCAGUCCUUGCUCUAAGAGUGAAACUUGCAGAAGAGUAAGGAGGGCUUUCAAUAUUCCUGGAAGCUUUGCCUUGGCUGCACUGAGAAAAGAUGGGAAAGGAACGCUCAGCUUGCCCUGCAGGAGGAAGGGACCCUCUUGCCAUCCAGGUUGGGAGCAGCGGGGAAUUCUGGGAAAGAACUGUGCAGAAGCUGCUUGGGGAGGACACCUCCGUCUCGGCUGCAAAGCGCCAGAUAUUCAAGCAGUUCUGCUAUCAAGCCGCCGAGGGCCCCCGAGAGGUUUGCAGCCGAAUCCACAGCCUUUGCCGCCAGUGGCUGGAGCCAGAAAAGCACACAAAAACUCAGAUCCUGGACCUGGUGAUCUUGGAGCAGUUUCUGUCUGUCCUGUCCCCAGAGAUUAGGAGCUGGGUGAGAGAAUGUGGAGUGGAGACCAGUUCCCAGGCAGUGGCUCUGGCAGAAGGUUUCCUCCUGGGCCAGGCAGAGGACAAGAGGCAGGAAGAGCAGCAGGAGCAGAAGCCAUCAGAAGUGAAUACUGGUUACUCUGAGGCUGAGAAGGCUGCAUUGGAUCUCAGAGAGAAGCCACUGUUUGGGUGGAUUGUGGAAGAGGGAGACAGAGGAGCCACCUUGCCUGGUGGGGAAAUGACACUGGCUCUUCCUUCCAGGCUUUCUCCUCUUUGUGGCGAUGCAGAGAUGGCCUUUGUGCAACUGGACCAGUAUUUCCAGAUCUGCCAUUGCUUUGAUUCAUGGAUGGGGCCGUAGCCCAGCGGUUGAGCAUCUGCUGUGCAUGGGGAAGGUCCCACAUUCAAUUCCUGGCAGCAUCUCUGGGUAAUAGAGAGAAGACCGAGGAAGGCAGCGAACAGCGGAAAAAGAAAAUGGAAACAAAAUAUCAGGGUGUGAAGAAAUCUGCUGCUUCUUUACACUCUGACUUCCAUGAAAUCCCAGUUAAAAAAAAGGGUUGCAAAGGAAACAGAAGGAAUAAAUAUCCACAAGAUGCAAAGAUCUUAAGAAGUAAAUCAAGCCUAAGCACACAUCAAAGAAUCGAGACAGGUGAGAAAAAAUAUGAAUGCUUAGAGUGUGGAAAGAGCUUCAGUCAGAGCUCCAACCUUACUAACCACCAAAGAAUCCACACAGGGGAAAAGCCAUAUCAGUGCUCGGUGUGUGGAAAGAGUUUCAAACAGAACUCUCAUCUUACUUCCCAUCAAAGAAUACACAAAGAGGAAAAACCUUAUAAAUGCUCAGAAUGCGGAAAGAGCUUCAGGCAUAGCUCAACUCUUACUUACCAUCAAAGAAUCCACAGAGGAGAGAAACCAUAUCAAUGCUUGGUGUGCGGAAGCAGCUUCAGCAAGAACUCAUGGCUUACUUCCCAUCAAAGAAUCCACACAAGAGAGAAACCAUAUCAGUGUUCAGUGUGUGGAAGCACUUUCAGCAAGAACUCACAGCUUAUUUCCCAUCAAAGAAUCCACACAGGAGAGAAACCAUAUCCAUGUUCAGUGUGUGAAAAGAGAUUCAGCAAGAAUUCACACCUUAUUUCUCAUCAAAGAAUCCACACAGGGGAGAAACCAUAUCAAUGCUCAGUGUGUGGGAAAAGCUUCAUCCAGAGCUCACAGCUUAAUUCCCAUCAAACAGUCCACCGAAGGGAGAAACCAUAUCAAUGCUCAGUGUGUGGAAAGAGCUUCAGCUGGAAUACCAGCCUGACUUUGCAUCAAAGAAUCCACACAGGGGAGAAACCAUAUCAGUGCUUGGUGUGUGGAAAGUGCUUCAGUCAGAAUUCACAUCUAAAUUCCCAUCAAAGAAUCCACACAGGGGCAAAACCUUAUCAGUGCUUGGUGUGUGGAAAGAGCUUCAGUCGGAGCUCAAAAGUGAUCUCUCAUCAAAGAAUCCAUAUCAGUUCUGAGAAUGUGGAAAGAACUUCCAUUGUAGAAAACUCCUUACUUCCUAUUAAAUAAUCUAUAAGGGAAGAAACUGUAUACGAAUACGACAAAUAUUAUUUAUAUAUUGCUUUUCAACCAAAGUUUCCAAAGUAGGAGCAUAGGAAACUGCCAUACACUGAGUCAGACCAUUGGUCUGUCUAGCUCAGUAUUGUCUUCACAGACUGGCAGUGGCUUCUCCAAGGUUGCAGGCAGGAAUCUCUCUCAGCCCUAUCUUGGAAACGUACUGUAUGCUUUGGUAGUUUGUUGGUUCAAUAAAAAAAUCUUGUCCUAUUUAAAAAAUAAAUAAAUCUUGUCCUAUGUUGGAGAAGCCAGGGAGGGAACUUGAAACCUUAUGCUCUUCCCAGAGCGGCUUCAUCCCCUGAGGGGAAUAUCUUGCAGUGCUCACACAUCAAGUCUCCCAUUCAUAUGCAACCAGGGCGGACCCUGCUUAUGUGGGAUCCUUUAUUUACUCUAAGUCCUCUAGCACUGCACGGCCCAACAACAAGGCAGCCCCAGGAAAACGGACACAGACACCAGCUGGUUUUAGUCAAUCAAUGAUUCCUGUUUAUUAUAGUCAGUUAAACAGCAAGCUAGCUCCUAAUUCACACACGCACACACACACACACACACACACACACACACACACACACACACACACACACACACACACACCAGCCCCACUCCAAAGAUUAUCAGUCUCUGAAAGGGGUAUUGGAAGAAGUGUGGAGGCCUCACUCUGGGUGGUGAUGCUUCUCAGGGAUCUUCUGGUUUCCUGCCUGACUUAUAAAGGGAUGUUUCCACUCCGGCUGGUACAUCUGCAGUCCACUUCCAUUUCCGUGAUCACAAGAUGUACUCCUCUUAUCUUUUUGUUCUAUUUCCAGUUCUUUCUCCUUUACAAUGUCUUUGGCAGUUCUCCCCAGUUUUCACUAAUUCUUCAGGCCUUUGGCAUCUUCCCCAACACUGUUCGUGUUCGAAAAAGAGUGGGGUUGGGGCACCCUUGAUGUUGCUCACUCAUUCAUUCUUCCAUACAUACUGCUUGCAAGUACUACCUAAGUUUCUUAAUUUGUCAAGAUCACAUGGCUCAUAGGGUUACAGAAAUGAGCUAUUACAAAUUAGUAUAUUCUUUCUUAUCUCUAGAUCAUUAUAAACUUGCGAGUUGGCCAAGUAUUUUAUGCAUCACUACUAUCACAAGGCUAGCAUAAUUCUACACUUAGGAAUGGGGACGAGUCAUGCUUGCUACCACAAAACCAGCUCUCCUAUUGGUAUGUUUACAUAUAAAUAAAUAAAAUGCCCAAAAUAUCAGUAUUUGAUGUGUGGAAAGAGUUGUAGCUGGAGGUCAGUUCUUAUUUACCAUCAAAGAAUCCACACAGGGGAAAAACAGUAUACAUGCACAGAAUGUAAAAAGAGCUCCAGGUCCAGCUCAGAUCUCAACAAACAUAAAAGAAUAGUUGAGACCAUUUAAAUGCUCAAAGAUUGUAAGCCCCUUGUUGACCAGCUUAUCUAUCCUCUUUGAGCUGUAGGCACUUUUAUUCAUUUUUUUUAAGGUAGGGAAGAUAUCUGGCUGAGAGACCAUCCCCAAUCAAGUGUGGGACUUGCACCUGCUAUUCAGUCAUGGCCAGAGAAAGGGGAUAGAGGAGCUUUUGGUCUGUCUUAGAGAAGGGUGUCUCUUUAUAAACAUGACAAUAAACUAUGUACAGGCUAUUUACUGUGCUGCUUUACAUCUUA